AAUUUUUCCCCACCCAUUUAAUCAUAAUUUCCUUUUAAUCGCCUCACCAAGCCAGUCUCACGCCCGUCAAAAACCGCGUCCUCCUUUUAUUCCAUCAACUCCGAGUCCUACUCGGACACCUGCUUUUUGCUUUUGCUUUCAGUUUUCUUCCCUUUUAAUUUUAUGCAGUUUUUCUAAUAUUCUUCAACUGGGUCACUGUCCUUUGAGUCAUCAACCUUGACCCAGUAUCUGCAAUAACGGUUCAGAGAAUCAGAGUCAAAGAAACAAAUGGAUCAGAAUUCGUUUCUGGGUUUUCAGCCGGUGAGAUAAUCCGUGGCAUUUAUGCCCUGCAAGAUGUUCUCAUUGCCUGAAUCUCAGAAGAGACCAAAGAAUGGUUCAUCAAACUGAUCUUGUUAUCAUUGGCGUCUCUGUUGGUCUAGCCCUCGGAAUUUUGAUUGCUGUACUCAUAUUUUUUGGCAUAAGGUGGUAUAAAAAGCGUGCUAAUCUACGACAAUGUGCUAAUGAGCGUAGUCUUACCACUCUACCUAUACGCACAAAUGGCUUAAGUACAACCACUGACUAUAGUGCGUCUCUUUCAACUUCCAAAGCUAUUCAAGGAACCGAGAACCUUCAAAAAAGUUCUCCGCUCUCUUGGUGGAGUCAUCACAGCAAAGAUCGAUUUGCUUCUGCAUCAGGCGUACUUAGAUACUCUUACAAAGCUGUACAGAAAGCCACUCAGAAUUUCACAACCCUUUUGGGACAAGGUUCAUUUGGUCCGGUAUAUAAAGCAAAAAUGCCUGCUGGAGAGGUAGUAGCUGUUAAGGUCCUUGCUUCGAAUUCUAAGCAGGGAGAGAAAGAGUUCCAAAGAGAGGUAUCUCUGCUAGGAAGACUGCAUCAUCGGAAUCUAGUGAAUCUAGUAGGAUAUUGUGUAGAUAAAGGGCAGCGUAUGCUAAUCUACGAGUUCUUGAGUAAUGGAAGCUUAUCGAACCUUCUGUACAGUGAAGAACAACAGGUUUUGAGCUGGGAUGAAAGGCUACAAAUUGCUCUUGACAUUUCACAUGGAAUUGAAUACCUUCAUGAAGGGGCUGUCCCACCAGUUAUACAUCGUGACUUAAAAUCUGCUAAUAUACUGUUAGACGAGUCGUUGAGAGCUAAGGUUGCUGAUUUCGGAUUGUCUAAGGAAGAGGUCUAUGAUGGCCGGAAUUCUGGUCUGAAAGGUACCUACGGCUACAUAGAUCCGGUAUACAUAUCUACAAACCAGUUUACAAUGAAGAGUGACAUCUACAGUUUCGGAAUUAUCAUAUUUGAGCUAAUUACAGCCAUCCACCCUCACCAAAACUUGAUGGAAUACGUUAGUCUCGCUGCUAUGGCUCCAGAUGGCGUUGAUGAAAUACUUGAUAAGCAACUGGUUGGAGAAUGCAACAUCGAAGAAGUGAGGAUGCUAGCUAGAGUUGCUCACAAAUGCUUACAUCAAUUACCGAGAAAGCGGCCUUCCAUAGCAGAAGUGUCCCAGGCUAUAUUGAAGAUAAAACAGCGGCGUCUCGCUAAAGAAGAUACCAUGUCUUUUGCAGGUGAGGAGUUUUCAAGGGCUGUAAGCCGAAUAGAAGUUCAGCAGGUGGAGCUGAGUAGAAUAGCGAGCGUGAACGAAAGAGUAACUGAAUGAACAAGAAGAAUUUUGUUUCCAGUUUUGAGCUUGCGUCUGUUCAUUUUAGAUGUUGAAUAUCAUACACCAGAACAUCGUAGAAUUUUCCCGUCUUAGUAAUACAUAUAUAUAUGCUUGAAACAAA